AUGAAUAUUAAUAAUGAUUUAAUAUUUAAAAAUGGGGGAGGAGGAGGUGGAAAGGGAUCGAGGUGAAAGAGUGGGUUUGUGAAAAUUCCACAGCAAGAAAGGAGCUGGGGCUCAAAAUUUGCCCCUGUAGAAAUGGGGCUCAUUCUGAGCCCCAGCUCCAUUUCAGACAACGAGAUUUCUUCAAAAAUCCUCUGCCAAAACCAACAGUAAGGCUCUUGAAGUUUGAAAUGGAAGAAGAAGGGCUAUAUCUGCCGAUAUAAUUUUGUACUUUUAGGAUUUUGGAUUGGUUAGAAAGCUUUUGUACGAAACAAAUCUGCAGUAUGAUUAAAACAAGCCACUAAUAUCCAUCAAAGUUAUAGAAUAUGGCAAAUCUGUCAUCUCUUUCAUCACCCUUGGAAUUAGUAUUUUAGACCAAGGACUAAUUAAGAAUAGAUAGGGCACAUAAAAAUUAUUUCAGGUUUGGAAAUUCUGAGCAUCUGCAAAGCUACUAAUGGAGGUAAUAAAAUUUACCAGAUACAUUUAUAAAUCUCUUUGAAAAGCUUCUUCUAGGGAGAAUUUGACAAUAUUAUAGGAGUUCUGGUAUCUACCCAACUUGAAAGCAAAAUAUAAUAUCUGAAAAGUUUGAGAUAGAUAAGAAUACUUAUGCUUGUUGAUGAAUUAGAUUAUUAUAAAUUUCUUGAUGUAUUUCAAAAACUUAUGGAAUAAAACUAACUGAAAAUAUUAACAAGCUGAAAUUACACACGAAAAUUCAGAGGUUAAUUAUUAUAAAACCUUUGAUUACAAUAUAAUAGUACCAUAAGUUGGAUGGAUAGUUGGCUUCACCUUAGAGAUAAAGCGGAGCAACCAGACAUUCUCAAUUUUUUAAAAUCUAACUGCAUCUUCAAGGUGAAGACAGCUAUUCACUCAGCUAGUUAACUAUUAUAGUGUAAUUAAUCCCAUUUCUGCUUUGAAACCUUAAAUCAUAGGGGAUAUAAAAUUCUAAUUAACUAUCUUUCCAGGUUUAAGAAGAUUAGAAGUAAAUGCAAGCAUAUUCUCAAAUAAUCUGAACCCCAAAUCCUGAAAAUCGCUCAUUCAUAAGUCAACUCAAACUUCCAACCUAGAGAUCUCUUAGGUUAGGUCGAAAUUUGGUCAAGUUUCUUAUUCAAGAGUUUAGAUUUGCUUAGAAUCCCUUCUUGUGUAAAAAUGAAAUAUUUAAUUGCAUACUUCAGCUCCAACUUAUUUCGACAGUAUGUCCAUAUUUCAAAUCUUUUUGAAUCAGAAAUAGAUAAUUUUUUUUCACAACAUUUCCAAAGCAUUAUUUUCAUAUUUUUAAAAGCUCUUAAUCAGAGUAGUUUCUGAAGAAUAUCGCUUAAUGAAUACCACAUGAAUCCUAUUUUAGAAAUAAGCUUUUGAAUUUGGUUUUGAAGUUGAUAACAAUAUUAGCCAAUACAAAUCUAGCGAUGUUCUUGAUGCUAACCUCCAAAUCUAAUAGACGACAUGAAAUUGUCAGGAAGUAGUACAAAAGUCUGGAUUCAUCACAAAGCCAGUGAGGAUGUAGAAUCAUGCCUAUCUGUUAAUAUUCCUUGCAUCUGGGAUGCCCUACCUUUAAUGUUUAUGUGAGAAUUUAUUAAUUUGCACUUUCAUUUAACUGAUAAAAAUCUUACUUGAGAUUUCUAUUGUAUAAUGGACCAUUGACAUUGUACACAAGAGUUUCAUUUUGAUUUUCUCGUAUAAGCUAGAAGGCAUGGAAAUUACUCACUAUUUCUAAAAUGACUUAGUUUGAGUUAAAAAUCCAAGACCUCCUUUUUAGUAUGAGAAUUCUAAUUCUUUCAUCAAAAUCCUUCGAAUUUGAGUUCCAGUGAAGCCUCAGAAGUAUUCUACAUUGAUUCUAAUAGUCAUGAAUUCUACAGUUAUAGGAAGUGCUGAUGGACUUCUGAUGUGAGCCAGAUAUUUGAGUACCUUAUCGGUUCUAAUUCUGUCUCAGAAGCUAUCUCUGGGAUUAUAUAUAUAACAAUUAUCUCUCUCUAUGGUCUCCACUCUCCUCUCGCAUUGUGGGUGACUUUAACCCUAAUUCAAAUUUUUAAAUAAGAUUCCCAACGAAAGCACUUUGAAGCAUUUUG